GUUUUUACUAAAAAUCUUUAGUACGCCUAAAGAAAACCAUAUAAAAGCAGGUGGCUCGUAUCUCGAGCCUUAGCCAUUUGCCCAACUCUCACUUUUCCUCUCUAUCUGCUUGCUCAUGAUGACCCACAACGAGCUAUGGAUAACUUAUCACCAAGCAUCGCGCUGCAACAAGCCAGCGACCACUCAGUUGGUGGAACUUGAGUUUCAGAACGAGAAGUUAAUUGACUUGGAAGAUGUGCUCGAGCAUUUAUUCCGUCAGGGAUUCGUCGAGGCCCAGCAUCGGUCGCUGUCAUAUUGGGAGAACCACAGCGGGCAGCGUCUCAACCCAAGUGAUGCCCUGGAAGAGCUGCUGACAGAAGGUGCAGGCAAAUGCCCCCAGUCUGCUCUUAGGCUGGUCAUCGCCGAUUGUCCACCUUAUUUGUGGUUCAGUUAUGUUUACACCCACAAGAAUGUGACGCCCGCCGUGACGCAGCGCGUUAAAUUUUGCCAUGCCCAGGAGGCAAAGCUCGAAAUGAUAGCCCACCUCACCAACCACGUUUUUCGUAAUGGUUAUCUCCCCUCACGAUAUCGGACGGUGGUGACAUGGCAAGGUACUUGUGGAAGGAAGGUAGAAGAACACGAAAAGCUUGAUGCUCUGCUUACCGCAGGAGAGGGUCUCUCAGAAACUUCGCCCCUGCGUCUCAUUAUAGAUGGCACCUGCACGCAUACCAAAACAUGUCAUGCAGCUGGUCACUAGGAACGAGAGUUGGUGACCAUUUUAUGGAGGGAGUCGGGCUGGUAUAUAUUUCUCCUUAUCGUGCUCUGGAACUUAGCACUGUGACUUUGAGCUAUGAUUGGUAGUUGCGGGUGUUUAACGUUGAAUGCCAGAUUGUGAACUGCCCGUCCGAGUUGCACGAAGGACUGCCAGUGAUCACGAGCAAAUUGAUGGUCCUGCACUAGAAGCGUUAAAACGUUGAGGAUG